GUUGUCGGCGCUGUUUGUGCGGGCCGUCUCAGCGGCAACUAUACCGUUUUUAAUGAUGCUCUGAGUUCUCGCACAGCCUCGUCCGGACUAUCGAAUCGUUCAAAAUUAACACAAGAGAGGAUUAACGAAUUGACAGACCUUCGGAGCGGCUGCGGUUGAUUCAGUAGGACAUCCCGGAGGGUCUCAGAGGGUUCCCUUUCCCCUGGCCCAUCUUCCAGAGGACUCUUCAGAAAAUGGUUAGACUCUGCAUAAAAGAGAUGGACCACGCUGUUUCGCCAACCUUUGAGCCGCCAUACCCACCCCUCAUCACCCGUUAAGGCGUUGAGGGGAACCUUGCUGGUUGCGGAACACCUCAUAAGAGAAAUGGCCUUAGCUUGUUCUGGGUAUCAAACUGUAGGGUAUAUAUUAGUUUACAGGUGAAGCUGGAUUCUUCGUUAUAGUUAUUGAUGUUAUAGUAUCCAUCCAUCUGCCUGACAAGGUCGAAUCAUGGCUGCUGCAGAACAUAUGAUUUAUUCCUUGGUAAGGAACAGAGUAGGAAAGUAAAAAAAAAAAAACUAAAAAUAAUGCAGCGCAACAGCGGUGGACUAGGGUCCGGUGGACAGCCAUGGGUGUUAAGGCGUGUGCGUCUUACCUGGCUGAGCUUCAUGCUCUUCUUCAUCCUGGUUUUCUUCCCACUCAUUGCUCACUACUACCUCACGACCAUCGAUGAAGCCGGAAGCCCCGAUAAGAGGAUCUUUGGGCCCCGGCCGGGUGGCGAAUUGUGCGAGGCCAAACACGUGCAAGACCUGUGCCGCAUACGCGAGUCCGUGAGUGAAGAGCUGCUGCAGCUGGAGGCCAAGCGGCAGGAGCUGAACGGGGAGAUCUCCAGGCUCAACUUACGCAUUGAGGCCUGCAAGCGGAGCAUUGACAGCGCCAAGCAGGACCUGCUGCAACUGAAGAACGUCAUCAGCCAGACGGAGCAUUCGUAUAAAGAACUGAUGGCACAGAAUCAGCCGAAGCUUUCUUUGCCUGUCAGGCUACUUCCUGACAAAGAAGACCCAGGACUCCCACCCCCCAAAUCUGCCCGCUCUUGCCGCCUGCACACUUGCUUUGACUAUGCCCGCUGCCCACUAACAUCUGGAUUUCCUGUUUAUGUUUAUGAUGCAGAGUCCUAUCCAUGGGGGGAGCAUAUUGACCCACUGGUUAAGCAGGCUUUCGCUGUGUCGGUUAAGAGCAAUAUUUAUGUAACUGAUAACCCCACCAUCGCCUGUCUGUAUUUAGUUCUGGUUGGGGAGCUACAGGAGUAUCCUGCAUCCCCACCUCCAAAUCCUGCAGAUUUAGAAAAACAACUCAAAGCUCUUCCUUAUUGGCGCUCAGAUGGACACAAUCAUGUGCUGGUGCAUCUUUCAAGAAAGUCCACGACGCAGAAUUUCUUGUACAAUGUCAGCACGGGGCGGGCAUCAGUCGCUCAGUCCACAUACCUGGAGCGGCAGUACCGUGAAGGCUUUGACUUGGUGGUGUCCCCGCUGGUGCAUGCCCUCUCUGAACCCAACUUCUUGGAAGUGCCUCAUCAGGUGCCGGUGAAAAGAAAAUAUCUAUUCACAUUCCAAGGCGAGAGGGUGGAGUCACUGAGGAGCAGCUUGCAGGAAACUCACCCUCAGUCGUUUGAGGAAGAGCUGGAAGGAGAUCCACCAGCUGACUACGACGAUCGCAUCAUCGGCACCUUAAAAGCAGUACAGGAUAGCCAUUUGGAUCAGGUGCUUAUAGAGUUCACCUGUAAAAGCCCCAAGCCCAGUUUGCCGACCGAGUGGUGUCUCUGCGGAGAGCGAGAAGACAGACUGGAGGUACUAAAGGCAUCUACUUUUGCCUUGGUGAUUGCGCCGGGAGAUGGUCAGCUGGUCGCCUCAGCAGGUUGUGGAAUGAGGCUUUUUGAGGCUCUAGAGGUAGGGGCCAUCCCCGUGGUGCUCGGGGACCACUCCAAACUACCUUACCACCAGUUUAUUCGAUGGAGCGAAGCUGCCAUAAUGGUGCCGAAGCCUCGUGUGACAGAGCUCCACUUCCUGCUGCGCAGCCUAUCAGACAAUGACGUGUUAGCUAUGAGGCGACAGGGACGCUUUUUGUGGGAGACCUACUUCUCCACCUCCGAGAACAUCCUGAGUACUAUCCUGGCUAGCAUUCGGACUAGGAUCCAGGUUCCUGCUGCACCCAUAAAUGAAGAGCCCGCGCAAGAGAUCCCACACAAGGCAGGGAAGAUUGCGGGAACUGAUGCCAACCUCGCAGACAAUGGCGAUCUUGAUUUGGGCCCUGUGGAGACAGAGCCACCCUACGCUUCUCCGCGCUUUCUCCGCAACUUCACCUACACCGCCGUGGACAUCUAUCGAACAUGGAACAGUGCCCCCGGACCUUUUCAUUUGUUUCCCCACACUCCUCUGGACCCCGUUCUGCCCUCUGAAGCCAAAUUCCUGGGUUCCGGCACCGGUUUCAGGCCCAUUGGCGGGGGCACCGGGGGAUCGGGGAAGGAGUUCCAGGCAGCGUUGGGAGGGAACGUUCCCAGAGAGCAGUUCACUGUGGUCAUGCUGACGUACGAGCGCGAGGAAGUGCUGAUGAACUCCUUGGAGAGGUUGAAUGGCCUGCCGUACCUCAACAAGGUGGUGGUGGUGUGGAAUUCUCCCAAGCCUCCUUCAGAUGACCUGCUGUGGCCUGAUAUAGGACUACCCAUCGUGGUUGUCCGCACGGAGAAGAACAGCCUCAACAAUCGCUUCCUUCCCUGGGAUGUCGUGGAGACAGAGGCCAUCCUCUCCAUAGAUGACGACGCGCAUCUGCGCCACGAUGAGAUUAUGUUCGGGUUCAGAGUGUGGCGAGAGGCCAGAGAUCGUAUCGUCGGUUUCCCCGGGAGAUAUCACGCCUGGGACGUCAACCACCAGUCCUGGCUCUACAACUCCAACUACUCCUGUGAGCUCUCCAUGGUCCUGACAGGAGCAGCGUUCUUCCACAAGUAUUACGCCUACCUGUACUCAUACGUGAUGCCCCAGGCCAUCAGGGACAUGGUGGACGAGUACAUCAACUGUGAGGACAUUGCCAUGAACUUCCUGGUCUCGCACAUCACCCGCAAACCGCCCAUUAAGGUAACGUCUCGUUGGACCUUCCGUUGCCCCGGCUGCCCCCAGGCCCUGUCGCACGACGACUCCCAUUUCCACGAGCGCCACAAGUGCAUCAACUUCUUCGUCAAGGUGUACGGAUACAUGCCGCUCCUGUACACCCAAUUUCGAGUGGACUCUGUGCUGUUUAAAACCCGCCUGCCGCACGAUAAGACCAAAUGCUUUAAGUUCAUCUAGCGGCGAGCCGAGCGGAUAGAGCGGCGACUGAGGGUUGCGGCGGAUAGAGCGGCAAGCACCCAUUGAGGAGGACAAAGAUGGAUGCACUCCCAGAAGUGGGGAGGGGUGAGGCUUUAGAAGUGACCCACUAGAGCUGUUGGCUGGUGGGUCUUCUCCACAUCUCCAAAAACGGGUCUCACUGCCAGCCAAAAGAAAAAGCCCUUCAAGUGGAUUAACAUCCGCUUUUUAUGUUCUUGUCAUCAUGCUUCGUGGUGAACCACUACAUUUUUUUUAAAAACUCCUCUUGCUGAGGAAAGGAUGUACAGAAUGUACAGAAAUAAGAUGAAACUCUACCAACAGAUGGCGCCAUCGUCAGAGGACUCACUGCCAGCCUGGCGUCGGCCCGCACAGUUCCAUUGCCGCUCUGCUUUUGGGUCCUUUUCAUUUCACACCAACAACUCUACUUCUUGUCUCUGAGACAAGCACUGAUUGUCAAAACUUUUUUUUUUUUUUAGUUUUUGAUGUUGUUUGAUUGUGUGUAAAUCUCCCAACAGGGCUGACGUUGUUUUGCCCCGGAGGUGUCUGUUAGUCUGUCUCUUAGUCUGACCUACAAGGUAGGACCUUGACUGAGGAGUGUUUAGUUUGAAUAGGAGUCCGCUUCAGCAAGUCACCAUAAUGCCUCAGAUUUGUCAUGGAAAGCAGCCACCCAAUUGUUUAGUUGUGUGUGUGUGUGUGUGUGUGUGUGUGGGUGUGUACAGGCGCUUUACCCGUGGGGACUGCUUUUGGAAGCCACCGUGGCUUGUUUCAUGAAGAAUAGAAUAUUAGAGCCACAUUGAAAGGAAUACUUGUAGAUUAAUUCCAAAAAAGUAUAGAAAAGUAAUACAUAAAAUGAAAAGAAUGUAAUAUUCCAGACUUUUUUCAAACAUCUUAUCAGGUCACUGUUGUGUGUAAGUGACGGGAAGAAAAGCUCUAACUCACCUGAGAAGCAGGGCCCAACCGCUAUGGAUUUUUUUUGGGGGG